GUCAGUGCGCCUCAGUUCACCGGUAUGUCAGAGCAGCGCAGCACUGCUCAGAGCAUGUAGCCAAAACUCCAUCAGACUGUGUGGAUAAAGUUUGUACCUGAAGUGAUUUCUUCUUCUCUGGCAACAUUUGAAGCUGCUCUCCGACUCACAACUAGUGUGGAGCUAAAUGACAAGCAGACAUCGACACGGAGACACUCAGAGAUACUCGGAGCACGAUGGAGAGCAAUAAGGGAUUACUUCGCUGUAAGAUUGUGGUGGUCGGGGAUGCGCAGUGUGGCAAGACGGCUCUUCUUCAUGUUUUCGCUAAAGACUCGUACCCGGAGAACUAUGUUCCCACGGUGUUUGAGAACUACACAGCCAGCUUUGAGAUCGACAAACAGAGGAUCGAGCUCAACAUGUGGGACACUUCAGGUUCAGCCUACUAUGACAAUGUGCGGCCGUUAGCUUAUCCUGAUGCAGACGCAGUGCUCAUCUGCUUCGACAUCAGCCGUCCGGAAACACUGGACAGCGUGCUGAAAAAGUGGCAAGGUGAAACGCAGGAGUUCUGUCCCAAUGCCAAAGUGGUGCUGGUCGGCUGCAAGUUGGACAUGAGGACGGACCUCAACGUCUUGAGAGAGCUCUCCAAACACAGACUCAUUCCUGUCACCCAUGAACAGGGGACUAAUUUGGCGAGGCAGAUUGGAGCUGUGGCCUACGCAGAAUGCACCUCAAAAUACUCAGAGAACAGCGUCCGCGAUGUUUUCCACGUCACCACACUAUCGUCCGUGUUCCGCAUCCAUCGGCCUCAGAUCAAACGAGCUGGGUCACGUCGUGGCCUGAAGCGGGUCUCCCAGCAGCCGCCCCGGACUGAGAUUCACGAGCAGACUCCAACAAUCAGAAAGGACCGGGCCAAGAGCUGCACACUAAUGUAGGACCAGUUUACCAGCAACCUGGCCUGCAGAUGAACUUAAUUUAUUGGUGAAUUCUUGUCAGAUCUUUGCACUGCAUAAAAGACAAUAUGAUGAAAACAAGAGCAAAUGCUAUCCUGUGGAGUUCUUUGAGGAAAACUCUCCUUGUUAUUUUUCUUUGUGACCGUGUUCUCAUCAGGGGAGGUUAUAUGUUGUGGGGAAAAGCUUUAUUUCUUUAACGCUUUUACUUGAACAGUAUGACAAAAAACAGUCAUGGACACAAACAGGAGGUUUUAUAAUGAAAGACGAAACAAGGACAGAAAAAGUGAGUGUGCAGAUGAAAGAAAAAAUAAUAGGAAAUAUCAACUAGCAGGAAUUGGUCCUGACCUCUUUUAUGUUGCUUCCUGUUUUGAAUUGCUUUUCUAUCUUUAAGUGUUAAAGUAAAAGAAGCACAAUAUGAUGCACGCUAACUUUUCUGAGUCAUUCAUAAAUGUCAGCGGAUGAACUCUGCUGUUCCACUUCAUAGGAAACGUUCAAAAGAAAAUCUGGACAGAAAAUAUUUUUAAAAAACUGUGGGCUGAGAUGACACUAAUUUCUUAAACCACAAGUGCUUUUAAUAUGAAAAUCUGAAUAAUCACUGACCACAUAACUCAGAAGUGUUGUGAAAUUAAUAUUGUUCUGAUAAUGCACACUGGGAAUCAAAGUCAUUAAGGGAGUUAGUGGGACUGUUACAUUAUGUUGUACAUGUGAUAACGAAAUAAAAAAUCUGCUCUGCAACGUGUUGGAACA